AUGAGCUCUCUCAGUCGACCACGACUGCUUGUUCCAAUAUUUGCUGGUCAAGGCUCUACGCCGUCCACACAUUCUUCGUACAUUAAUUCUACCAUUCGAAGAUCUCAGCAUGGCCUAUGUGCGACGCUUCUCACCAUCUGUCACGAAGCAUUCAUAGAUGAAUUAUCCAGCCUUUCAGCACUAGAACUUACUCAAGCUGGCGUCGAUCCAAACGAUUUCAGGUCCCCGGAGACGCUUCUGACCAUGUGGAUGUCGCGUUUCCCUCAUAAUGCGUUAAUAUCGAGCUCAGCGCUCGUCCUGAUGCAGCUACUGCAGUACCUUUCUUUCGUCGAACGAUUCGGAGCUGAAAACGGGUCCCUUAGACCGUUCGCCGACUUAUUAAUCGGCCACUCAAAGUCCUCAGUCGGUAUUCUUGGAUUCUCCUCUGGAAUUGUCUCGGCCUGUGUAGUCGCUUCGUCAAACUCUGCCAAGUCUUAUCUUUCGUUUGCUUUAGAGGCUUAUCGAUUAGCUCUCUGGAUCGGUAUAAGAUGCCAAUUGUAUCGUUUCGGUACCUCCAAUGCAGACACGACGCUUCCUUGGAGUGUGGUCUUCCUUGGAAUAUCUACAGAAGAGGCUCAAGAAGCAAUCUCAAAUUUCGGAAGUAGGGGCAAUAGCCCAGAGAGCGAGGAUCCUUCUAAGCUUUACAUAACCGCGGUUAUGGAUGACCAUUGUGUGACGGUGUCUGGUUGUCCUCCUAUUCUAGCCGAGUUUACUGCAAGUGUACGCCGUACUCUUCCAUCCGUGCUUGCCCAUCAAACGACUGUUGAUACUCUUUACCAUUCGCCGGUCCAUUUGAGGAAGGUUCGCGAUCAGAUUCUUGUAGAUAUUGCGGAUCGAAACAUUCGAUUUCCGGAGUUGAGUCAUCUGCGCGCCCCGGUGCGCUCAACUUCAACCGGGGUAUUGUUGAGUCCAUCUGUCGAGUCGGUGUCUCCACUAGUUCAACUGGUCGUUGAUAUGCUGAUCAUCGAGCCUGUCCGCUGGGACCUUGUCACAGACCAAGUUUCUCAGUCCAUACCUGAAGCAGAGGUACUACUGAACAAUUUCGGUCCGGGGAUUGGUGUGGCACGAACCCUUGAAAAAAUCUGCCCUCAUGGACGCGUACAACUACGCGACCUUUGCUCCGAAUUUCAUGAGACCAGAUCCCAACAAGAGCCAAUCGCUAUCGUUGGUAUGGCUGUGAACAUGCCUGGUUCGUCUAACAUUUCCAAGCUCUGGGAAGUCCUCGAAAAAGGUCUCAACACACUGGUCGAGAUCCCUGAACAUCGGUUCAAUAUCCGUGACUACGAGGGAACUAAGAACCCCAACCGCCAAAUGAAAGCACGCACAGGCAAUUUCAUUCAGGGCGCUGACGAAUUUGACAAUCGGUUUUUCAAAAUUAGUCCUCGAGAAGCGAAGAGUAUGGAUCCUCAGCAGAGGGUCUUACUCCAUACGGCCUAUGAAGCACUAGAAGACUCUGGAUAUGUUCCGGGGACGACCUCAUCGUCUCAACCUGAUACGUUCGGAUGUUAUAUCGGUGCUGCUACCCAUGAUUAUGUCCAAAAUCUCCGCGGUGACAUCGACGUAUAUUAUAGUACCGGUACUCUCUGCUCAUACCUGAGUGGUCGUAUAUCAUAUGCGAUGGGGUGGAGUGGGCCCUCUAUGGUGGUAGACACGGCAUGCUCCUCCUCCCUCGCCGCAGUCUAUCAAGGUGCUCGUGCUUUGAUGAAUGGAGAUUGUAAAUCUGCGUUGGUUGGCGGAGUAAAUGUCAUAACAAGUCCUGAUAUGUUCCUGGGCUUAGAUCGGGGCCAUUUCCUCAGUCCUACUGGUCAAUGUAGAGCUUUUGACGCCGCCGCAGAUGGAUAUUCGCGAGGCGAAGGUUGUGGUCUAUUCGUGCUCAAGCGCCUCUCUGAUGCUCUCGCUGAGAACGAUAAUAUAUAUGGUACCAUUCGAGGAAUCGAAGUCAAUCAGAGUGGUUUGGCCCAUUCUAUCACACAUCCUCAUGCACCUACUCAAGUAGCUCUUUUCGAACGAGUACUUCGCAAUGCUGCGAUUCAUCCCUCUCGGGUCAACGUUGUUGAGGCUCACGGGACAGGCACUCAGGCGGGAGAUAUUAAUGAGAUAGCUAGCAUCCGUCAAGUUUUUUCCGCUAAUCGCACUUCGCAAAACCCCCUCCAUGUCACCAGUAUCAAGGGAAACAUUGGCCAUCUUGAAGCCGCUUCGGGAGCUGCAGGGUUGGCCAAACUACUUCUAAUGCUCAAACAUCAGACCAUUCCUCCCCAGAUAUCUUUCAAUAAACUCAAUCCUUCCAUAGAACCUUUGGAAAACGACAAUACCAUGAUCCUUCGUCGUUCUGGUCCAUGGAAGCCUUCGUAUAACGGCUCUUCCAGAAUGGCCUUUCUCAAUAACUUCGGCGCCGCAGGUUCCAAUGCGGCUCUAGUGUUAGAAGAGCAUAUUCACAGCCCCUCCCAGGCAUUCGACCACCCUCUGGUAUUUGUUCUGUCUGCCAAAGACGAACACGCUUUGAACAAACUCCGUUCCGAUUACAUUCAGUGGCUUCAGAGCCCGGAGAGUAAAACUGUUCCUAUGGUCGAUAUAGCAUACUCCAUGACCGCUCGCCGCCAGUUAUAUUCCUAUCGCUUGGCUGUGGUCGCAUCGGAGCGCACGCGAUUAGUGGAAAGCCUGCACAAGGCCGCUAUCGUCAGCUCUUCUGCUCAGCCCAUACGACGGGUUGUAUUUGUAUUUUCAGGGCAAUCUUCACAGUAUCCGGAGAUGGGACAAGUUUUCUAUUCUACGUCGCCUCUUUUCAAGCACCAUGUCGACGAGUGUCACGCUAUUCUUAUUUCACUGGGGUUUAACGGCGUUCUUUCCAUAUUUACGGGCAACGAAGUCGUACUUUCAGAUUUCGAGAAAAUUGAGGCAUACCAAGCCGCCAUCUUUACCUUGGAGUACGCACUUGGUAAACUCUGGAUGUUUUGGGGCAUCGUUCCAACAGCAGUGAUUGGGCACAGUCUCGGUGAAUACACAGCAUUAGUCUUUGCAGGCGUGCUGACCUUGAGAGGCGCUUUGACCUUGGUUGCUCACCGUGUCCGAUUGAUGUCACGAAAAUGCGACCUUGACUCGACUGGCAUGCUAGCAAUCAAUCUUUCCCCGGACCUAGUCAAGCAUUUAUUGGGAACGUCUGAGAAUGUUUUCCCUCUCACAGUCUCAUGUUACAAUGGUCCAAAUGAUUGUGUCGUCUCUGGCCCUUUGGAGGCACUCGAGGACUUUAAAUCGUUUCUCGAUGCAACCAAGGGGUGUAGGAGUAAGAUGCUUGCUGUUCCAUACGGAUACCACAGCGAUUUUAUGACCACCAUUUCUUUCGAGCUCACUUCGAUUGCUAAAGGCAUCGAAAUCCGAGCUCCGAAUCUCCCCGUAGCUUCCAAUGUAGAUGGAAAUGUCGUGCUUCCGGGGGAAGAAGGAAUUUUCAAACCAGAUUACUUCGCCAGACAUUGCUCUCAGCCCGUGCAAUUUGAUGGCGCCGUUCGUGCGCUUACUGACGCAUUCAAACUCUCCAGCGACGUUUGGCUCGAAAUUGGCCCUCAUCCGACGUGCUUGCCCAUGCUGAAGGCUCACAGCUCAUUGUCAUCGAAUGCACUUCUCAUUUCGUCUUUCAAGCGGAACCAAGACUCAUGGUUGUCGCUUGGUUCUGCAUUAUGUUCCCUUCUAGCAGUCGAUAUACCAAUGCAGUGGCGCAACACUUUUUCCCAUCUUCCUCAUACGCGGUGUAUCUCCUUACCAUCGUAUCCUUUCGCGACAUCGAAAUAUUGGGCACCUUACGAAGAAGAUUGCUUAGUGGUAACAAGCCCUCGUCAACCAAGUCUAACUUCCGGAUACACCUUCUUGCACAACUGGGAACAAUAUCCUUCUUCGGAAAACGGACACGUGGCAAUAUUCGAGACUCCGAUUUCACAGUUGUCAGAUCUGAUACUUGGACACAAAGUCGGCGGUUUGCCCCUUUGUCCUGCCUCCAUCUUCAUUGAACUCGUUUUGUCCGCCGUAGAACUUUCGAUCCGACGGAGAGAUGUAUCUUCUAACGAAAGCCUUGUCCAGAUCACCUCCUCGCGUUUCCUCAAAGGUUUGGUGUUCAAGGAAAAUAUCCCUCGAAUUCUUGUCAUCCAAAUUACUCUCGGGGACGGACACGGUUCUUUUGCGAUCAGCUCUCGGGUCGAGCCGUUGAACGAACUUAUCUUACAUGUCCGGGGCGACUAUCUGCUCCAAUCAAUAUCUGAUUGUGCAGCAAAACUUUGCCAAAUGCUUCCUUCUGUUACUGGUUGUAUCAAUCGCCUGAAAGAUCCUUCGACUAAGGCAGAAGUUUUUCUCUCUCGAACCACAUAUGAGGUGGUAUUCCCACGUGUUGUUCAUUAUGCGAAGGAAUAUCAUACGAUCAAAUCACUUUUUGUCAGUCCUACUGAUCUUCAGGGUUCCGCCUCCAUCCGUCUUCCUUCUGGCCACUAUCGAGGCACGUUCACUGCCCAUCCAGUCUUCCUCGAUACCUUGCUACAAGUUCCAGGCUUCAUUGCCAAUCUGCAAGGUAAAAGACAACCGGCUGAGUCAUCGGAUGUCAAUCUAGGAAUUCACGUUGGCGAUGUGUUUAUAUGCUCUGAAAUCACAUCAUGCUCCAUCUCGACUACCUCUUUAGAUGACAAUGCGACCUACUCAAUAUAUUGCACAGGCGUUUGGCUAGACAAUCGUACUUUGUCUUUCGAUGUUUAUGCUGUCAAAGACGGUGACUCGUUACAGGUCAUUGCAUUCGUGAAAGGCGUGGUAUUUCGUCAAAUGGCGCUAGAAACUCUUCGGAAAGCGCUCUCUUUAGCCGCUGUGUUAGGCCAACCUCAAGGAUCACAGUCCUCACCAGCACUUAGUAAUGCCCCUUUACAGUCUCGCGCUCGGUCCCAUAGCUCUCCCCCAAACUUCGUAAACGUAGCUGGGGAAUUACAUUCACGGAUAUUCGACGCUAUAGCGGAAACUUGUGGCGUAACUCGAGAGCAAAUCACCGCUAGUACUGCGCUCGACUCUCUCGGAAUAGACUCGUUGAUGUUGAUUGAGUUAUCAACCAAAUUACAAUUCUUAUCUUCGAAAAUCGACUUAGAGCUCCAAUCUCUGUAUUCUUGUAAGACUGUUGCAGAUAUAAUUCGCAAAUCUUGCUCAGUCCUAGGUCUGGGCAAUGCUCCAGUUCUGACCAUUGCACCACCCAGUACCACCUGUGUUGAGAGUGAACCUUCCUCACCCAGUACUUUGGUAGCCGACGACAGGUUGUCGGACACCGUGUUUUCGCGCGCGGAUGUUUAUCUCGACGUGAGGAACGUUAUCAAUGCCGCCCUCGGUACGACGGUGGCCUUUGGGGAUGAAACCGACCUUGAAACUGUGGGUCUUGACUCGUUAGCCUCGAUCGAGGUUUUGCAUGCCUUGCAAACUCAUUACGGUCAUCAAGUUCCCAAUGACUUUCUUCGCAAAUACCGUACCAUCAGUGCAAUUCAAGAAUACCUGGGUCCUUCAAAGUUCAAUCUGCCGCAUCGUCGAUUAUUCAUUCCGCAAUCACCGCCCAAGGAAGCCGUUCAAGCGCGCCUCAUCGGGAUUCUUCGACUCGGGACAAAUCCGGUACGAGUGCAAGAUUGCAAUAAGAUGAAUCCACCGAUUUUCUUCAUACAUGAUGGUAGCGGUCUCGUCAACUAUUACGAUAAGGUUGAGUCCCUGCAUCGUGACGUCUGGGCAAUCUAUAAUCCAAAAUUCCUUUUCGCUCUGCCCUGGGCCAGUCUAAAGGAUAUGGCAGUGGCGUAUGCUGAAUAUAUCUCGGCGUUGUCUACUGGAACAAUCUUGCUAGGUGGCUGGUCUUUCGGUGGUGUCGUAGCGUACGAAGUCGCUCUACAGCUCGCUAAACGUGGCGUCAACACAAAAGGGAUCAUCCUCAUCGAUGCACCCAACCCAAUCGGGCACGUCCCGUUGUCCGACGCUCUUAUUAAAACCAUAGCUAGAUACGACCGCAAAAAUGGCCCCGUUGAAAUUGGAAAACUUGUUCGAACACAGUUCGCUAUGAAUGCUCAAUUACUUUCUGCCUAUGAUCCGCACGAAACGGGAGGCGUCUGCCCUCCCCUUGUAUUUUUACGCUCUGAAUUAGGCUAUGCUGCCGAAGGCAUUCAAGUUGCUGAUAUUCCAUCGUGGCUUGUUGAUCGUUCCGAUCCUAGCACUACCAUCGCAGGUUGGUCCGAAUUGUCAAGCUCAGUCAAAGUCUGGGAUGUCCCGGGACACCAUUUUCAAGCCUUCGACAACGCUAAUAUUGCCUCCGUUUCUGCCAAACUCUUGCAAGCCUGCGAAUAUUUAGAAACCCUUUGA